ACAUGGCGUAUCGCUAAUCGGGGGCCCGUUUUUCCUUUUCAUGCUAAUCGUCCACGUUCCCUCCCUCUCCCGAAUAGAUGCUUCACGCCCAAUUGUUUCCCAAGUCCAUGGAAUAAUAUAACGCAACGCGACAAGCGAAUUUUUGACGUAUACAAAUCGCAGGAAGAAACCCCUCGACGUGUCGUCGCACGAUGAAUGCAUGCGCGCGGUCGGCGCGGUGAAGACAGAGAUAUCUGUCGGCGCUUUCUCCCCCUAGGCGGGCCGCUUUUCCGCAUGGGAACGAUGCGCGGGGGUGCCUAGAGAGUGCGUGGAGAAGGUGGGCACGUCUCUCGUCGUGCAUCAUGCGCGAGUGAUCGCGCCUCUACCUAGUGUCGUUGGAUUGGAGCUCGUCGGCGACGCCGCCGUCUGGAGUCUGGGGUACCAGUUGUCAUGCACGGCCCGGACAGGCCGUGUCCCUGCCGCGCGCUUCGCCACCUUUCGAGGAGGAGUCGGGGACUAUGAGCGCGUCGCCGUCGACCCGCGUAACGUCUGUGACGACUGUCGUCGUGUCGCCGUCGCCGUCGCCGCCACCGCAUACGCGUAGAAUGACCUAGGCCAGCCCGCUCGCCCGUCCGCCGGAUUGAAAACGCGAACAAUGAGGAACUGUACCCGGUACGCGAUGCGGAAUCUACGUCGGAUGUGCUGGCUCUUCUGGGUGGGUCUACCGAUGCUCGCGGCCUACCCCGUGCCCUCGCCGCUCGCCGCUGAUUCGCCACACGCACGUGCUUCCUGGCAAUGGGAACAUUACUGGAUGCGUUACGCGAUCGCUCUGUCAAGCGUCACCGCCACGGCGUUAACUUUAGCCGGAUGCCUUUGUUGCCAGAGGCACAGGAGACCCAAAGGAUUUCAGGACAAAGCAGAGAAAUGCAAUCAGGAAUUCAAAGAUGGGAGCAGUACAGGACAGGAAAGUGCGUUUGAUCCGUCUGUCGAAAGACUGGAAUUGGAUGCCUCCAGGACGUUAGCCGCUUCCGAGAGGGUGCAAUUUGAACCCUUGCCAGUGGAGUCUAUCGUGUCUGGAAGUAGAAGCACUCCGAAACACAAAGCGAUACCUUUGUCAGCGCCACGCAUCGAGGAUCAGGAUACGGAUCGCUCCAUUCUACAGGAGCCAUGCAGCGAGUGGUUUAACUCCAACGAGCUUUAUGUCCCGCGAGAGAAACUCAAAUAUCUCAGAGAAAUAGGUCACGGAUGGUUUGGUAAAGUCGUCGAAGGUCGGGCGGAUUUGGAACAGUCGAAGGGCAUGUCGAAAUCAGGCGGCGUAGUGGUAAGAAUUCUCACCGAACAAGCUACCACUAGGGAGAAGGCUUGGUUUCUUGGCGAGGCCACGCCGUACUUGAAGCUACGCCACCAAAAUGUCCUAGCUCUACUUGGUUUCUGCCUCGAGACCGAUCCCUACCUUCUGCUAUUCGAAUCGUGUCCGGCCGGGGACUUGAAAGGUUUCUUGCUGUCGAACCGCGAUACCAAGUCGAGGGAAGCGCUCGUCAAGGAAAACGUUCCGAUACGAAUUGCGAUGGAGGUCGCGUCUGGUUUGAAGCACAUGCAUAACCACGGUUUCGCGCAUACGGAUCUCUCCGCGAGGAACUGUCUGAUCGCUCCAGAUUUAUCGGCCAAGUUAGGUGAUUACGGUACCGGUGUCGAGAAGUAUCCCGAAGACUAUUAUAUUGUGGGAGACCGAGCCUUGCCCAUCAGAUGGUCCGCGCCGGAAAGUUUGAACUGUACGGACACCACCAUCGAAACGCAAGAGAUCACGUUACAGGCCAACAUGUGGAGUUACGCGGUUCUCCUCUGGGAGAUCGCCAGCUGGGGAGAAAGGCCUUACAACGAUAUGAACGACGAACAGAUCAUUCAGAUGAUCUUAUCUUUAAAGAACCAAUUUUUGCCAAACGGCACGCGACUGCUGCAAAAUCAUCACGCCAAUUGUCCGUCAAAUAUAUUCCAAACGAUUCGCUUGUGUUUGAACGUCAACGUGAAAGACAGACCUACCUUGGACGACGUGAAACAGAUUCUCCUGAAUGAACAUUCAGCGCAUAUGGAUUUCGAGCAACGGUGGGAGAGUCUGCGCGCGAACACCUACAAACAGCACGUACGCAGUGCUAGCUUACAAGAUCUACGUGGUAGCAUCGAUUCCGACUACUGGACUCAUAUCGUGGAUGACGCGCAAACGACAGACUCGCUACAGUCCUCAUUUCGUCUCGGACCUGACGAACAAGUGAGGAAUAUUCCCAGAAUGAAGACUGCCACGAUGUUUCAAGAAUCUGGCUCGGAGACCGAGGAGGAAAGCUGGAAGUGUCGAAUCGAGCGGGGUGUUUAUACCGAAAAAGUUAAACAGAAGUCCAAGUCCGUGACGGACCUUAUGGUGCUUGUACAUAUCGAUCCCGAUUCCGACGCGGAGUGGUCAUUAGGAGCGCAAACGUCGGAGAAGAACGUCAAGAAGAAAUUAUCCGUGACCGGUAGCGACAGCGACCUUAGGCAUACCGUGCCCACGGAUGAAUUCGACGAAGCGUUGAAGAAGCUGCGAGAUCCUUUGCCGAGCAAUGCCGCCGGUAAAGUCCGGUCUUUGGAAAAUCUAGAACGACCGAAACUCUUGACUCUGACCAUAGAUCAGGGCCAGACGCCGAUCUUGCGUCUCUCCUUGGACAGCGCGGGAAAGACUCCUGAAAGUAACGACGGCGCGCAAUCUAAUGUAAGCGCAGAUAGUACGCAACGCGGUGGCGAAAAGCACGUAUUAAGACUCUUGUCGAAGGGGGACCCGGACCUCCCCCUUCUUCGCUAUGUACCUGACCAAGUGUCCUCCGCUGAAGAAGUAGAAAAGAAGGAGGAUCACGAUAUACCCCUCAAUAAUGAGGACAGCGACGGUAUUCCUAAUCGUUUUAUUUCGAAUAAUGCCGAGACCAAUACGGUAGAUGUUUUACUUUGGAAUCACGCGUUAGAUUCCGCUUUAGAGCACAAAGUACCAGGCUUCUCAGACGAGGCGGAAUUUAAUGAAUACAUCGACGCAUCGACUGAGCGAAUUAAUGCUAGCGCACCAGAACUGACUGUGACCGUGUCUACGCCAGAUGCACCACAGUUUUGUAAUGCCUAUUCGAUUUACACCGCCGAUAGCUUUUCUAUGGUAGAGAACGCGGAAAUAGAAGAAAAGCCAUUGCCAAAUGACGACGAGGAAGAAAGGAAGCAAUUGUCCACGCCGGACGACGAACAGAGCUCCGAUUCUGGUUUUCGCGACAAGGAGUCUUGCGAGGAGGAGGAAGCGGUUUGCUCGACGCCCGGCAACCCCCUGUCUUCGGUCAACAGCACCGCGGUUUCCAGAUCGUCAUAUUCCGAAGAAGAACCAUUCCAAAUUCUAUUCGAGCUAGACACUAUUCUCGACGCGGAAUAUUACGCCACGCCCGCUGGCCCUGAAAGUAUGACGGAAGGUACGAAUUCUAUACCUGACGUCGAGAAGGCCAUAUCGCCUUCGAAACAGAGUACUUCUGAUUUAAACCAUGCUUUUGUUAAAGUUGACGUUACCAAUUCCGAUUCGACUGAAAUGAGCGACACAGAGAGUCCGAAUCGGGUGAAAGUAAGGUAUGAAGAUGUGGCAGAGGACAUUGAGAUGGAGAAGAAAAAUGUAAUAUCUGAAAAAAUGCAGGGAGCCAAUAGUGAUGUCCAAUCGCGCGACUCAGAAGCGGAGACGUACGCCUUAAAAUUGGACACCUUUAACACUCAGCGAGAUGAACAGUGCUCGCAGGGAGAUUACGAGAACGAGGACGAGGAUAGUUCGACGGUGAGCUUACGCAGCGACAACUCGUACGUGUCGUUCGGUAUGGAGGAGGAAUUCGUAACGGCGAUUCGUAACGAACUCAGGGAAAAGUUGCCUCAGGCUCAAAUGCAGAUCGUGGAAUCCUUGGAAGCACACGAUGACGAGAAUCCUUCCAUCUCUGACGACGCGUACGGCAAACAGUGGGACGAUGAGGAUGGCGAAGAUUUGUCCAAUCAAGUUAGCGGAGGUGUAGACAUUUCGAUCAGGUACAACGUGUACGGGACGCCGCUUAGUCCUAUUCUGGAAGAGCGAGAAAGCACCGUCACCUCCGAGUCUUUAAUGUCGAACUCGAGAGAGACAUCCGUCGCUUCGAGAGAAUCGGUGCCGUCCGAAGAUGUGCUAUUAGUAGACACUCGUACGAAUGAAAUGAUAUUAUUGGAGGGACGAUUACAGGACGAAGAUCGAGACACAACGAAUGGCGAUCUGUCCGACGAGGAGAAUUUAGAUUACACUUGUUCGGUGAUACACCCGUUGGAGGAUAAGUCGCGUAUCGUGAAAACGAGCGGUGGCGCGCCGUUACCGAGUCCUGAGGAAGAAUCCAAGUGGCAGCAAUUACCUUCGUCCUUCCCGUUACCUUUACCUUUACCUCUACCGUUGCAAGAUGAUUUGAUGUCGACGAGUUUCGUCACCGAACGCGAAUGCUGUAGUCAAGACGAAGACGAAGAAGAGGAGGAAGAGGAGGAAGAUGAAGAUGGGGAAGAAGAAGAAGAAGAAGAUGAGGAUAACAGUUCUAGUUCCGGUGAAUUUGUAUGGAAGAGGUAUAACGAGCCACAUGUCGAGCAAAUACGAAUCAGAAGUACUAUGAAUAACGACAAAACGAAUACGACGACGAGUGCCGAAUUGGAAGAGGAAUUGGCCGUCGAGGACGAAGAGGAGGAGGAAGAAUUCACUCCUUCGGCCUGGAAUGCCGCUUUAGCACCGCAUCGAUCGGCACUGAGGUCUCCAGACAAAACGUUAAAAUCAGGGGAUGAGUUGGAUCAGAAGAAGAGCGUGUGGUUCAAGAAGCAACGCUACCAGUGCGUAUACGAGUACCCGAAGGAAACAUUACCAGCGGACAGUCAAACGGAUACCAUUACCAACUCGGAACGAACAUCAUACACUGAUUGGGAAGAAAUGAUGAAUGAACCACGAUUAGAUCUAUAUCCUUUAGAUUAUGACGAUGCCAAUCAUCCUGGAAACGAAGAAUUUUUUGUAACUAGUUCAAAUCGACCAUUUCAAUUCCAAACUGGUGAAAGUAAGUACGUCAGCCAAUUUUUUCCCGGUGCGAACGCGGCUACGCAUUGCUUGUCCGACGAUCGGGACGAAACGGAUAGCUGCCGACCAGAGCCGCACCAAAACAACGUUGACUUCGCGCAUGAAUAUGACCAGUGUCAGCAGCAACAAUUAGGCGAGUUAAGACACACUAGGGAUCGUUUGAAAUUAAACUUGGUUUCGUCGAAUGGUACACCGUCCGCUCCGUUCGUUUCUGCGAGACAAUCGCACGCGGACGACGAGCAAUUAGACAUUAAAGAGAAUCACGAGUCGGAACUCGUAGAGAAAGUCGUCACGCCGGACCAAUGUAUUGUAUCGAGUUCAAUGAAUGACGAUAACGCAUUGCCAAAGGUGCCUCACGAAGAAGAUGUCCAGGUCGGUCCAUCUUCUACAAGAAUCUCUCAGUGUGAUAGUCAGGAGACGCUGGAGCCCACCGAAAAGUGCAGUGUUUUAACUCGUGAUUAAAGUGAGACUAAAGUCUGUAAUGAAAUUUUAGAAUGAAGACAGUUUAGUCCAAGUCCGUCCGAAACAAUCUCGUCGUGAAAAAUGCGCGGUGAAUUCUCUUUGUUAACGCACGCGAUCCGAUUUGAUUAUCACCGAUGAGAUUAUUACUACGACACACGAAUCUCGAACAAAUGUACAUAGGAAAGAUGUAGCGGAUAUUACUCGAGGCUGUACAAGUCGAUCGGUUGUCUAACGGAUCUUGUUAGCGGAGUUGUUAUGACUGUUCUGUAGCGAAUACGGAAAAAAAAACGUGUCAAUAUAUAGAUAGUCGCGGCUUUAUAUUAUUAAUAAAGCUUUCUAUCCGCAUGACGGUUUACGUCAUGAUAGAAGAAAUAAGUGACAACGGAAGGACUGUGUAAAAAGUUAACAUAUAAGUAUUAAUUUUAGACAAUCGAUUUGUAGGAGCUACAUCGAAUUACGAUGAACAAUUCGUUGCGCGUGUAAAUAAUUAUUGUUUAUAGUGUAAUUGUUAAACGAGCAGUAGUGCCUAUGUAGAACGAUUAUUUUUGUGACUCCUCUAUAAGAAACUCUUAUAUAAUCAUCUUUCACGUCAUCCCCUUUGUUUUACCUUGCCAACACUCAUUGUCAUAAUUUCUUGAUAUUAAUUAAACAUUAUUAACAAAUCUGCUCUCUACAUUAUCGAAGUAUUGUAUAGCAAAGUAUAUGGGACUGCCAUCCCACUAAGGAUUCGUGGCGAAGGAAAAUACUUGCACGACUAAUUUUCUACACGAUAUAUACACGAUGUAUUGAUAGAUUUUUACUUUCGUUAGAUCUGUGAUCAGAAGAAUACAUAUAGCGCGUAUAUCGAUAUGUUUUAUAUUGGAUUUAAGAAACGAGACGAGAGCUCUUGCAUCAUCGAAUAUGUUUGAGUUGGAAAUUCGCGUAUCUUGUACUAAAGCGAGAAUUCGUCGCACCUGUUUGUUUUACUCGAAAUAUACAAAAGAGCUAUCAUGUUACAGAAACGUUUACCUUUUCUAUGAUAACGUAACAUAAAUAUUCAGAUAUUUACUUUUAUGCUAACCGAUAACUUUGUCUACGGUACAUUUACUUCACGAUACCAUAUGAAAGUGUGCAAUACAAACAAAGUAAUUAUUAACAUGAGUUCAGUAUGGCACAUUGUAUAAACGAUAUUUCUAUAGAUCUGAAAUACUCGCGGAAGCGCGAUGAACGAUGGGGUACGAUCGCUAAAAUGCUGUUUUAGAAAAAUUUUUACAAACAUUUGUUUGCAAUAAUGUAUCUCAUUGUAUAAUUACUCGUCCUGGACACGAAGAGACUGUUGUAACUAGAACGAAUCUACGAAACAAUAUCGAAAUGCAAAUAUAGUUUAGCGUCGUAUGAAAACCGUGUGGGAAUUUGUGCCGCUGUCGUUUCACGAGUGCACGCGAUAUCGAGAGGAUAUACAAACGAAUCGCUGCUGUCGUAGCACCGCGAGUGCUGUCACGUCUCUCGCUAUUACCACACUUAUUAUUACUGAUACUGCUUUGUGCUCACUAUGACAUAAGCUAAAAUAGAGAACAAUUAAUAUAUUGUUAUACAGAAAAA